AUGUCUUCAAUACCCGAAUAUCAGCCCUUUCUGAAAUACUCGGACGACCCGACGACCGAAGAGCCAACAUCACCAAAUCGACCAUCAACCCGUCGGAGCACGCUUUUUUCUCAUGCUCUCGUACUCAUAGGCACAUCACUAGUAUGGAUACUAGUCUUCUUUCUGUUCUUUUCGACACCAGCUGCGACAACAACGUCCCAAGGCACUGCACUUUCCCAGGCUUCGACUACCUAUGCAGCUGGCCAGCGACAUAACAUAACCACCGGUAGAAAAAGAAUUUCUUGCGGCUCCACGACACAAGAGGCAAGGGCAAAGGGUUGCAAAUACGACGUCUUGUUGAAUCACUGGGUCCCAGCGCAGUGCUUUGACAAGGACUCCGUCGAUGAAUAUCAAGAAGAUGCUAGUUGGGGGGCAUUUGCGGAUAAAAACAUGACGCAGCAGUUGACCAUCGACGAUAUGUCAGAAAGAGACUUCUACUGGACUUCGAUCCGGGAUCACAUCAACCACUGCGCUAUCAUGUGGCGGCGCCAAUUUUACGCUCUGUACGACGAGCGGGCUGCAAUUGACACCAUCGUCACCAGCCCUGGGCACACUGAGCACUGUUCGCAGUAUCUCAUGGAUGCUGUGGACUCUAAAUGGAAGGAGCCAACAAAGACAAUGAGAGGCUUCGCGGGGUGCUGGGUACGCGAAGCAUAGUUCUCGAUGCGAUUUAGCACGACGAAGGCCAAGUUGAAGGAGUCUGGAUUCACCGUAUGUUCAAGUUGGUCUAAGGAUUGGAUCAUGGCAACAAAUAUACAUAAUAUCGUAUGUCCUCGCUGCUCCAAAUUUGACGUUGCAGUAAAGGCCAAACCUCGUCGUAUAUUAGUGAGAUUUGUCCAGUUCGAUUGGCCCUCAAUUUCAAUUUAUCCCCAGUACUCCGUUCAAAGAUAACAUAGUAAUCAAGCAUUGGUAUGAGUAAUUCUACAACGGUUUUCGAUGAGAGCCUCCGGAGCAUACUUGACUAAGUACGAGACUUAU